AUGAAAGAGACCAACAUCUUUAUAUGGGCAGACUAUUUCCAGAAUCCCGUAAUCUACGAGGAUUUCGCCGACAAUGAUGUCUCCACAGGCCCGGACGGCUUAUACUACUUUUCUGCUUCGAAUAUGCAUUAUAGCCCGGGUGCGCCUAUCCUAAGGUCUGGUGAUCUCGUCAACUGGGAGCUGAUUGGACAUUCUGUGCCUAGUCUCGACUUUGGAGAAAAGUAUAACCUGACGAACGGCCGUGCGUAUCGAGGAGGAACAUGGGCUUCUACUAUGCGAUAUCGCGAGAGUACAGGACUUUGGUAUUGGAUCGGGUGUGUCGAUUUCUGGUAUACUUAUAUCUACACCGCGAAUGACGUUCUCGGCCCCUGGACCCGAGCAGCUGUUCUUCCCGGUGGAACGUGUUACUACGAUUGCGGCCUCUUAAUAGACGAUGACGAUAGUAUGUAUGUCGUGUACGGUUCUACAGAUGUGUCAAUAGCCCAGCUCUCCGCGGACGGACUUAGCCAGGUGAAGACUGAACACAUUUUCAGCGCCUCUGACGUUGGAAAAGAUGGAAUCGAGGGAAAUCGAAUGUAUAAGAAGGACGGACUCUACUACAUCCUUGAUGACCACCCUGGUGAUAUCACGUACAUCUGGAAGUCCAAAAGUCCAUGGGGUCCCUACGAAAGCAAGAUACUUGUUGAUGCCGUCAAGUCGCCGGUGGCCAACGGAGGAGCACCACACCAGGGAAGUCUCAUCCAGGCUUCAACUGGAGGCUGGUACUACAUGUCUUUCACAUGGGCCUACCCAAACGGUCGUAUACCUGUGUUAGCCCCUAUUGGGUGGGGGGAUGACGACUUUCCCUAUUUUAUCCCCGACGAAGCCGGUGGGUGGAGUUCGUCGUACCCAGCUCCUCUUUCGCCAAAGAAUGUGCAAAACUGGACUCACACCGAUAUGUUUGAUGGCGACAGCCUCAGCCCCCACUGGGAAUGGAAUCAUAACCCCGAUGAAAGCAAGUAUACAGUUGAUAGUAAUGGUGUGUCUCUAUCCACUGCUACGGUAACAACCGAUUUCUAUGCCGCACGCAACACAUUAACACACCGCAUCCACGGAGAAUUCCCGGUUGGCACUUUGCAAGUCGAUUUCAGCAACAUGGCCGACGGCGACCGAUUCGGACUUGCCGCCUUCCGCGACCGUACCGCGUACAUCGGCGUCCACCGCGACGGAGAGAAAUACACCUUGUCUGUCGUCCACAACAUCACCCAGGAAGAAUCCGCCUGGAACACGACGAGUAACGGGACCGUGAUCGCGACGACAUCAAAAACCCCUACAAACAUGACUCUAUGGCUUCGAGCCUCGCUCGAUGCACGCGCGAGCGGCACCUACGCGGCCAAUUUCUCGUACAGCAUCGACGGACAGGAGUUCACACAGCUGGGGGGCCCGUAUACGAUGUGGACGAAUUGGGCGUACUUCAUGGGCUAUCGCUUUGGCAUCUUCAACUACGCGACGAAGCAGCUAGGGGGUUCGGUUCGAGUUAUGUCGUUCACGAGCGCUUGA